AAAAAAUAAAAGUGAGCAAUAUGUGCAUUUCCCGCUAACUUUUGAUCUUGUCAAUGCAUCUUCCCUCUUUCCUGUUUCCCCACCGUCUCAAAAGAAGAGCCCAACAACUAAACAAGCAAAAGAAACCCUAACCCAAACAAUAAUUCAAUCCCUUUGGAUUCUAAUUCUAUCUCUUUCCUCUUGAACCUUGAUACUCACACAGACACGGCAAUGUCCGCCAUCAAAACGGAGCCGAAAUGCCGAAUACAGGCGCCAAUCCUUUUUGACUGUCCAUUUUUUUUUUCCAGAAAAGGCCUUUGCUAGAGUCUAGAGAUCGAUAUACUUGUGCUCUCACCUCAUCAGUCACUCCUAUGGCCAGGCUUUGAGAUCAGAUGUCAUAAUGUGAACUGAGGCUGAGCGUCAAAUAAUUUUCAGGGCCAGACCCAGAACCUCCUCAUCAAGUGCUAACGGAGUUUUUUAUCAAGCAUCAAAUAAUUCAAAUCAGCCCAAUCUCUAAGGAGAUUUAAAGUCAUUUCCUAGAAAUGACAUAUGAAGGAGCUUAUUAGCAUCACAGUUUAUAAAUCUACUGCUUCUCAAGAGUCAAGAGUCCUCCUUUCUCAUAAUCAUUCAUAGUUCAUAGAUGAGAUGGUUAUUUUCCGAACUGCCGUUUUCUCCUUUAUAUUAUUAAACCUAAGCAUAACAACUGCCCAAGAAGCUGAAUGGAAGUCCGCCACUGCAACAUAUUCUACAGAAACAGAUGGGUCGAUUAUCACCGAAGGAGCUUGUGGUUAUGGGGACCUUCACAAGGCAACCUAUGGAAAAUACAGUGCUGGUCUUAGUAGUUUGCUAUUCAACAGAGGGCGUACCUGCGGAGGGUGUUUCGAGCUUAGGUGUGUGGAUCACAUCCUCUGGUGUCUGCAGGGAAGCCCAUCUGUCAUCAUUACUGCCACGGACUUUUGUCCCCCAAAUUAUGGGCUGCCGGCCGAUUAUGGUGGCUGGUGCAAUUUCCCACGAGAGCACUUCGAGUUAUCUGAGGCGGCUUUUGCUAAAAUAGCAGAGAGAAGAGCUGAUAUUGUGCCGGUUCAGUACAGGAGGGUGAAGUGCACCAGAAAUGGAGGGUUGAGAUUUACAUUGAGCGGGAGUUCUUACUUCUACCAAGUCCUGAUCGCUAAUGUUGGGUUGGAUGGCGAAGUGGUGGCAGUGAAGGUGAAGGGGUCAAAAACGGGGUGGAUACCCAUGGGAAGGAACUGGGGUCAAAUCUGGCAGUGCAAUAUCAACCUUAAAGGACAACCUCUAUCUUUUGAGGUCACAAGCAGCAGCGGGAAGACUGUUGCAUCUUACAAUGUUGCUCCACCAAAUUGGCAGUUUGGUCAGACGUUUGAAGGAAAACAGCUCUGAAACUAGGAAAAACUUCCAACCCAGAGUACCGACCAGGCAAGUUGGUAAGAAAGGGAAGAAGAAACCAGAGUCCAGAGGGGACAACUUAAAGAAAGAAAAAAAGGAAACCGAUAUUAGAUCUUAUGGUCCCAUUAAUGUAAUCUCCUUUUCAAGAAUGCAGAUUAGAGAGAUACUGAGGAAUGAUGGCAAAUCAUGAUUGAUAUCAGGGAGGAAAAAGUGUUGUGCCUUAACCUUACCAAUGACUUUUUCUUUCUUCUGAAUUUGGGCUCUAAAUGUGUUUUUUCUACUUUCAGUUGGUAGACAGAGGGCGUUAUUGUUGUUUAGUUUAAAGAUGGUUUAAUAUUACUGUUGUAA